AUGACACAACUUGAAGCGAAAGAAUGUUAUCAGUAUUUGGAAUGGAUGAACUUGAAAAUUUUAAAGGAGUUAACAGAUCUGAACGAUUUGAAGUUGACAAUAUGCAUAUUGUUACUUGGUAUAAAUACUUGGUCGCCUAAAGACACUUGGGAUAACAAAGAAAACUGUUGUAUUUCUACAAUUGAUGUCGUUAAUUUUCCAGAAUUAUUUUUAAGAGAGACACCCAAUAGAUUAUAUUUUGAUGAUUAUUACAAAGUAUUUAUUGUAAUUUGUACAAAUAGUUUUGAAGAAAUUCCAAAUUCUGUCUUAAAAAUUGUUGAUCCGCUAAAUGGUAAAAUUAUCUAUGAAUAUUCUUUAUUUGAUCAAGAUAAUCCUAAUAAAUGUCAAACAGUGUAUUCAAUUACAGGUUGGCAAUCUACGACUGGUAGACAAGAAUUUCGAUGGAUUUCAAUAAAAAAAAGUCAAAGAAUGUCAAGAUUAAUCAAAGAUUCAAUAAUGUUGAAUGAAGAUCUUGCCAUUGGUUCCGAUAAAUGUGGAAAUGUAUUUGGAUUAUUGUACAAUGAAGCUGAAAUUGUAUCAAGGUUACGUGUUGUUUAUUUAGGUUACCGAUCGGAUAAUAUCACAUAUUCUACUACAUCACUAUCUUCUUCUGCUGCUGUAAUUGGUUGCUCAUUACUUGGAAGUGUAUUUCUAUUUGUCAGAGUAAAUUUAAAAUCAUAUAAAUUAUUAAGGGUUUUACAAACAAUUUUAGAAAAAUGGCCAACCACACGACCUGUCCUAGGAAACGAUAACAGUAAAUUUAGAUCUGAUCAUAAUGCCACUAAAUUAAAUUUUGUUAUUGAUGGAGAGAUGGUAUCCCAAUUUUUACGACUCUCAAAACAAGAGCAAUUUAGAAUUAUUGAAAAACAUCCAGAACUUAUAAAAGCUGGCAAAAUCUUUAUCCACGGAGAAAAUUGGUUUUAUGGAAAAAGCGAGGAAGUAAUAAUGGCCAAAUAUGUAACCAACGUAGAAGAGAAGAAAGAAGUUGGAAAUGAUCUUAUGGAUGAGGAGGAAAUUGAUGAAAUGAAAAACAACGUUUAG